AUGCAACACUUGCAUGUCCUGGCUGAUGCUCUCACGAGUAUCAACAGUGCCGAAAAGAGAGACAAACGCCAAGUUCUUAUAAGGCCAUGCUCCAAAGCCAUCAUCCGGUUUCCAGCUGUGAUGAUGAAGUGCAGUUACAUUGGUGAAUUUGAAAUUAUGGAUGACCACAGAGCUGGGAAAAUUGCUGUGAACGUCACAGGCAGGUUAAACAAGUGUGGACUAAUCGUUCCCAGAUUUGAGGGGCAACUUGAAGAGCUAAUAAAGUGGCAGAAAAACCUGCUUCCAUCCCAUCAGUUUGGUUUCAUGGUAUUGACAACCUUAGUGGACAUCAUGGACCAUGAAGAAGCCAGAUGA